UUGGUGUGAUUGUGAUUCAACCAAUACUGAUGUCCUGUGGCUUCCAUCUUUUGGAUACAAAUAAGAUGUAAUAGUGGGCCUGUGUGCACGCCUGCACAGGUCUGCAGUGAGCAUGACUCGUUCUUAUGGAAAUGAGAGGAGACCAGAUGAGAUAACAACGCUCUGGCUGAACUUCGCUUCCAGAUUGGAGACUACUUGGAAGUGGCAAUUUUGUAGAGGAAUUGGCUAUUGAUGAGAGACGCAGUGGCACUGUUAGUGGUAAUGUAUGUGUGACUGAUGUGUAGGAUCUCUUAAUACAUUACAGCCUUUUGAGUUGGAUGGAUGCCAAUUUGUUCUCGAGCAUGUUCUGGUAUGCUUCAUUUUACUUAAGCUUGAAUGCCUCUUGAUUUUAGAAAUGCAUGUCACCAGCAUGUUAAUAUGUGGCUCUUGUUGUAGAGAGAGUCAUUCAUCGUAUAAGACUUUUGAAUUAGCUUUUAGCUUUAUUUUCCAUCUUACUUAUAUUGGUAUCUAUGACUUUCGUGUAAAUUUUCUGGUUGUCAAAAAUUUUAUGCCAAACUUCGAGCUGUACAACUUCACUUUAAGUAAACAUGAUUCUUUCAU